AUGCUCCGGGGGCUGGCGGGCACCUGGGCCGUGCUAGGCGCGCUGCUCUGGGGCUGCGGGCUGGCGCUGCUGCAGGGCGGGAUGCUCUACCCCCGGGAGAGCCGGUCGCGGGAGCGCAAGGAGCUGGACGGCCUCUGGAGGUUCCGCGCCGACUUCUCCCAGAACCGGCGCCAGGGCUUCGAACAGCAGUGGUACCGGACGCCGCUGCGGGAGUCGGGCCCCAGCCUGGACAUGCCGGUUCCCUCCAGCUUCAACGACGUGGGCCAGGAUGGGCGGCUGCGGAGCUUCGUUGGCUGGGUGUGGUAUGAACGGGAGGCCACCUUGCCCCAGCGAUGGACCGAGGACCUGGGCACAAGAGUGGUGCUGAGGAUCGGCAGCGCCCACUACUACGCCAUCGUGUGGGUGAAUGGGGUCCAUGUGGCAGAGCAUGAGGGGGGCCAUCUCCCCUUCGAGGCUGACAUCAGCAAGCUGGUCCAGAGUGGGCCCCUGUCCUCCUGCCGCAUUACCAUCGCCAUCAACAACACGCUCUCCCCCAACACCCUGCCGCCAGGGACCAUCCUCUACAAGACGGACACCUCCAAGUACCCCAAGGGUUACUUUGUCCAGAACACAAACUUUGACUUCUUCAAUUACGCGGGACUGCAUCGGACUGUGCUCCUCUACACCACGCCUACCACCUACCUCGAUGACAUCACCGUCACCACCGACGUGGACCAAGACACUGGGCUGGUGAAUUACCAGAUCGUCGUCCAGGGCAGUGAGCACUUCCAGCUGGAAGUCUGUCUUCUGGAUGAGGAAGGCAUGGUCGUGGCCAAGGGGACAGGGGGCCGGGGCCAGCUGCAGGUGCCCAGUGCCCACCUCUGGUGGCCGUACCUGAUGCACGAGCACCCUGCCUACCUGUACUCGUUGGAGGUGAAGCUGACCGCACAGACGGCUGCUGGGUUUGUGUCUGACUUCUACACCCUGCCCGUGGGGAUCCGCACCGUGGCUGUCACACAGAGCCAGUUCCUCAUCAACGGGAAGCCUUUCUAUUUCCACGGGGUCAACAAGCAUGAGGAUGCAGACAUCCGAGGGAAGGGCUUUGACUGGCCGCUGCUGGUGAAGGACUUCAACCUGCUUCGCUGGCUGGGCGCCAAUGCCUUCCGCACCAGCCACUACCCCUACGCAGAGGAGGUGAUGCAGCUCUGCGACCGCUAUGGGAUCGUGGUCAUCGACGAGAGUCCUGGAGUGGGCAUCGUGCUGGCCCAGAGCUACAGCAACGUGUCUCUGCAGCACCACCUGGAGGUGAUGGAGGAGAUGGUCCGCAGGGACAAGAAUCACCCGUCUGUUGUGAUGUGGUCUGUGGCCAACGAGCCUGCUUCCUUCCUGAAACCAGCUGGUUACUACUUUAAGACGCUGAUUGCCCACACCAAAGCCUUGGAUCCCUCCCGGCCCGUGACCUUUGUGACCAACUCCAACUAUGAAGCAGACCUGGGGGUGCCAUAUGUGGAUGUCAUCUGUGUGAACAGUUACUACUCCUGGUAUCAUGACUACGGGCACAUGGAAGUGAUUCAGCUGCAGCUGGCAACCCAGUUUGAGAGCUGGUAUAAGACCUACCAGAAGCCAAUUAUUCAGAGCGAGUACGGAGCAGAAACCAUCACAGGGUUUCACGAGGACCCACCUCUGAUGUUCAGUGAAGAGUACCAGAAAGGCCUGCUUGAGCAGUAUCACGUGGUUCUGGAUCAAAAACGAAAAGAAUAUGUGGUUGGAGAGCUCAUCUGGAAUUUUGCUGAUUUUAUGACUGACCAGUCACCACAGAGGCCGAUAGGGAAUAGAAAAGGGAUCUUCACUCGUCAGAGACAACCGAAAAGUGCAGCAUUCCUGUUGCGAGAGAGAUACUGGAAACUUGCCAAUGAAACCAAGUGCCACCGGUCAGCUGUGAAGUCACAGUGCGUGGGAAACAGCCCGUUUACUUUUUAA